AUGACUGCAACCUUUGUGCUUCUGAUCGGGGGCAUUGAAGUCGGCCUGUCCCACUUCCCCUUCUUUGCCUGCCUCUCAUCGGAGUUCCGGCUGGUCAGUUCUGUCCUGGGCUUCAGCUACUCUCUGGUCUGGUUUGCCAUUACCAUCCUUCACAUCACACAGUGUCCCCAUGGGCAGUUUUGGGGGAAGUAUGAGGCUGUCAUAUUCUACUGGCCCUCACUGCUGUGCCUGUCCUUCCUGCUGGGCCGCUUCCUGCACAUGUUUGUCAAGUCUCUGAGGGUCCACUUGGGCUGGGAACUCCAGACGUUCAUCAUCAUUGAGUUCUGCAUAUUCAUGUAUGUGAGAGAUGAGCUGAAUGUGCUUGAGGGUGAGUUGGAGAGCUACAUCACCUCCAAGAACCAGACGGGGACCCUGGCCCCAGUCAUCCUGCGGGUGAAAGAGCUGAUGAAUGUCACCAAAGGAGUCUGGGUGGUGACCAUUUUGCCUGCCUCCCUCACGUGUAUAAGCUAUCUAUUCCACAUUUUGGCUUGUUACAGAAAGCACAUGAAGAGGUUGUGGGCAGGAAAUAAACACUUUCUCCCUCUGAAGUUCCAUAAUCCUUCCUCGUCGGAGAGUGUGGUGGCCAUUGCAAGGUACUCUGGCUGGCAAAUAGCCUACAUUCUGUGGGGCUACCUCAUCAUCCACGUGGUACAGACCCUGUGUGGCGUGGCGAUCAUGUACAGCCUGGUGUUGCCCAUCAUCCACAACCGGAUGGAGAUGCUACAAGGACUGGGCAUCGGAAUCCUCACCAUAUCCAUCGUCCUGGGUCUCAUGAUCCUGCAGGUAUGGGUCGCUGCCAGCCUCUUCCUGCAGCCGAAGAUGGGCACAGCUGACAAGCAGAAGCCAUUGGCGCUCAACAACAGGAAAGUGUUCCACAACUUCAGCUACUUUCUGUUCUUCUACAACGUGCUGCUGGGCCUGAGCGCCUGCCUCUCCAGGCUGCUCACCAGCUGCAUCCUGGGCACGUGGCUGAUCGCCCGCAUCGACAGGACCAUCAUGCAGAGUGGCUACGAGAGAGCAGACAUGGGGUUCAGGGCUUGGAUUGGCAUGCUCUUUGUGGACCAUUAUCAUACCAACCCGGUGCUCGUCAGCUUUUGUCACAUCCUGAUCACAGGCCACAGGGAGAGAAGUCUGCAGCAGGCCAUCAAAUACGGGUACCUAAAUCAGUCACCAGCUGACAGGGGCGUCCAGCCAGCGGCCACGAUGUCCUCAGUGGGGAAGGUGACCCAGGUCCCCAGCGGGAAAGUCUACCAGCAGAUCUUUGAGGCUGAGGUGCAACUGGUCCAAUCCCUGGCAGCCUCUAGGAAGCCUGCUGCAGAGCGUUCCAUGACCCCAAAGAAUGGCAGCAAGCCCUUGAUAAAGAAGGUGGAUAUUCCUGAAGGGGAGAUGAUGUCUCCUCGGCAGCGGAAGUGGGUGCACAGCCUACCCAAUGACUGGAUCACGGAAAACCCUGUUCUCUACAGGGAAAAGCAAACAAUUAAGAAGGAAAAGGCUCAAGAGAGUGAGAGCACCGUUGCUGCCCGAGAAGUCCGGGGCCUCAUGGACACAGUCGUUCCUGAGAGGGUCAGCAACAUCGCCCUUCAAGGAGACUACAAGAGAAAGUGCUACGAGAACGCUCUGGGGAGCUUUAAGGAAGAAAUCGCUCAGAUUGGGAUGGAAAUGGAACCUCUCAUCUUGGAACCAGGAGUACUUCUUUUAAAAAAGCUGGCUGAGUUUGAUGAAAACAUUGACAAUCUCUUCAAAGAGGUGGAAAACGACGACAACCUCGAGGACUAUACCAUCCAAACCCUGCUGGAGCUGUGGGAUAAGGUGGCUGAGAAGUUCCUGCUCCAGAAGCAAGGGAUUAAGGAGCUGGAUGAGACACUGCACUCACUCGAAUUCUCCCGGACAGAUAAACUAAAAAGCGUGUUAAAGAAAUAUGUGGUGAUCAUAGAGAAAACUUCCUACCUCAUGCAGCCUGACGUGUACAGGCUGAUAAACAAAGAAGCCUUGGUCAUAAACCACGCCCUGCUGGGCAACCGGAGGGCCAUCGCGCAGCUGUUUGUCAAUCUGAGGGAAGUCACGCUGAAGCAGGAGCUCGAGAGCCGCUGCCGCUGGCAGGGCCUGGUCGAUUCCUGGAAGGCUCUCAAGAAGGAGGCCCUGGUGCUGAGUUUCAGUGAGUUCAUGGCCACUGAGCGGAUCCAGGUUCCUCCAGCCGUGAAGAAGGAGGUGGAGAACAUGCUGAAGAAUCAGAAAGCCCUGCAGCAAAAGCGACUGCAGCAUCUCUGCACCAUCUGUGACCUUCUGCCCCCCAAUUACAGCAAGGCUCAGCUAACCGAAUGGUAUUCUAUUCUCAACUCCCAAAAUAAGCGCCUUGACACCUACCACAUGGAAUGCAUGAUGCGGAUCCGCUUGCAGUAUGAGAAGACGUGGCAGGAGUGCCUGGCCUAUGUGCAAAAGUGCAAGAAUCAGCUGCUGGACUGGAAAGCCUUCACUGAGGAGGAGGCAGAGAGCCUAGUGAGCCCAUCCUUCUUCCAGACAAUGGGAGUACUCCAGAGCAAGGUGGAGGAGGAGCUGGAGUUCCUGGAUAAAUCCUUUGAGGCCCUGGCGAACCAGUCGGAGUGGCAGAGCUUGGCCCUCUUCAGCUACUUCCAGGAGGCCAUACAGCUGUGGGAGACACAUCAGAGCAUGCUGUCUGUGCAGGAGCUGGAGCUUGAGAAGCGGAUGGAGCAGCAGCGCGAGGAGCACAACUUGGAAAACCAGGCCCAGGAGGCCCAACUCGAUGAGCUCUUGGACAAACUGAGGCAGCAAAGCAGUGAGGAAACACUGAAGUCCCACUUGGAAAAGGCCAAAGAUUUUCUGAAGAAAAUAAAAUGCAGGUAUGAAUAUUUUAAUGUCCUCCUGACAAAAGAAGUGAUGGAGUACCCAGUAAUCAUAAUGAAAGAACUCAGCUCCUACAGCUUCAACCUCAGCCGACACUUCUAUGUUCGUGAAAUCUUUGAACAGAACUUGAAUGGGGAGGUCAUUUUCAGAUUCAGGAAACCAGGAGCGUGUGAAAAGCGCUUCCAGGAGAAAAUGAGAAAACUGAGGAGAAACCGAAGGGCUAAAGUGGAAAUGAACAAAAGUGAGGAAAGCAUAAGUAGAGGGACAAGUUCCUCUGGGCCAGCAGAAGAGAUGGGAGAAGAAAGAUCUCAAGACACUGAGUCCUCCACAAUUGAAGAGGGGGCAGUGACCCAGCAGGAAAAAUCCGAGCUGAGUGACAAGAUAGAUGAGUUGAAAGAGGGCUCUCUUCAGGAGUUGGAAGAAACGCAGGUAGAAAGAGACAUCUCCUUAAAACCAUCUCCGAACCCGGAAAAUGUGAUGGUUCGAGACGAGAAGGAGAAGAAAGAGGAGGAAGCAGAAGGGGAGGAGAAGAAGAAGGGAGAAGAAAAGGAGGAGAAGAGGAAGGAGAAGGAACGGAAGGUGGCAAAGAAGGAGGAGCAGGAAGACGUAGAGGAGGAGGAGGUGGAGGAGCAGGAAGAGUGUCUGGAGGACAUUUGCUAUGAGGACAUGGAGUCCUUCACUACCUCCAGUGGAAACACUUAUUUUGUCUUCCUACCCUUGGAACAUGAAGAGGAACGCAAGAGGCCCCGGUUCGAACUUUCUUCCAUUCUCAUCAAUGACACUUCCAGUGCCACGUUCCUAGAACAAGCGAUAAUUCCACCCACGCUAGUUUUAGAAAUUAAGAAACAACUUCGAGCUGGCUUUUUUGAGCACUUAGAGAAGUGGUUUGACCAGUGCACCCUCAAUGCCCAGGUCAUCAUGGCCACUAAGAUUGAUCAGCUGGAUUCGGAACUGGAGCUGCGUCUACACCUGCACCAGCCAAGAGUCCAGCACGUUGAAAGGGACAUCCACAAUGUCAGGGCAGCUGAGCUCUUGCUCCAUCAAAAGCAGCUGGACAACCACUGUGCCGGGGUGAUGGAGACGCUGAGGAAGGAGAGACUGAUGUUCUGCCAGUUCCAAGAGGAGCAGAAUGCAAGGAGUAAAAACUUCCGCCGCAAGAUUUACGACAUGGAACACACCUUCCUGAACGCCACCAAGAGCCAGAAGCUGGUCAUUCUCAGCAACACACUGCACCGGGAGCUGCUUAGCUACGUUGAUGUCAUCCAGGUGUCCCUGCGCAGCUUCCGCCAGUACUUGGAGGAGAGCCUGGGCAAGGUUCGCGACGCCAACAUCGAGUUCGUUAAGCACUGCAGACUAUUUUCAGAGGGAGGCAACUUUUCUUCUGAAGAAAUUGACUUACUGUGUCAUCGACUGGAAAAGGAAGCUGCCCGGAUAGAGUUUGUUGAAAGCUUAAUCAUGAUCAACAUGGAGAAGAUGGAGAGCGAGUACCUGGACCAGGCCAAUGAUGUCAUCAACAAGUUUGAAAGUAAAUUCCAUAACCUGUCUGUGGACCUUAUUUUCUUAGAGAAAAUCCAGCGGUUGAUGACAAAUCUGCAAGUGAACAUCAAAUGCGAGGUGGCAAAAUCCAAUUUGCAAGCAGAUGGAUUAAAUUCUUCUCUGGAACAGCUUCAAAGCAAAGUAGAAAUGUGUCGAAGCUCAAAGGGAGAUAAAAAGGUAGUGACCACGGAAGACCUCCUUGGGUUCGUCCGAACUUGGAAAGAAAAACUGAACCACAGGAUUCAGUACCUCAACUGCAGGUUGGAGACUGAGUUCGUGACUAAAGUGGUCUUUACUGAAAACAUUUUGACCAACCUGGAGAUGGAGAGUGACAUGCUGGUGUCUUCAGAAACCUUUGAAGAGGAGGCCAAGAUAGAUGUAGUCACCCCUGAGUCUUUCGCCCAGCCGAGCCGCAUGGGGAAGCCCAUGAUUGAAGACCCGGCUGUAGAGGUGGUCAAGAAUAUCCUGCAACUUCAUGACUCAAAAUGCACAGUCACCCCAUGUGACAAAGUCCGAUCCCAGACAGGUAAAGGCAAACAGGCCUGUGAGUCUCAGGGUACCGGUGGUGGGGAAUCCAGUGGUGAUACCUGGCCCAUUCUUCCUUGGGUCCUCUGCUCUUAUCCUGGGCAAUCGUCACCCAAAGGCGCGAAGCGACACCGGAACCGGGGAGAACACUUCAUCAAGGCCUUGUCCAGCGGCAGUGCCACCUCAGCAGGGAGUAUCACACGGUACUCCAAGCCGAAUCGAAUGGACAAAAAGUACCAGGUGCUCGGGGAGAGGCCACCUCCUCUGGCUGCGGAUUUUAAAGGGAUCAUCCUGACCCUCCUCUGGGAGGACAACGACCAUCUGCUGAAUGUUGCAGAGGAGUUUUAUCGGAAAGAGAAGCGCUCAGUCACCAGGCCUGACUGCAUGUACGAUACCUUUGACCAGUGCGCAGAGAACAUCGGCAAGAAGAUCCUGGAGUACCAGAGCCAGACAAACGAGUACCACAACUCCUGCCUCAUAGAAUUACGAGCCCAGAUGAGGAGAUUUGAGGAGCUGCUACCCCAGGUGUGUUGGCUGGUGAUGGAGAAUUUUAAGGAGCAGCACUGGAAAAAAUUUUGUGCCUCCAUCGAAGAGAUCCGGAAACAGUUCUGGGAUUAUCAGAAGCAACUGGAGACAAGAAGGGAUAAAAAUGCCCAGAGUCUCCAACCAAAUCUCGGACACCCUGCCCAUUUCCAAGAAAUGGAGUCUCUAUGUCAAGUAGAAGAGAAAAGACAGGAAGAUUUGGACACCGUAAUUACGGCAACCAGGGAGAAGCUGGAGGAAUUUACCAAGAAGUACGGCCGGUUUUUCAUUACCAGCUUGGCCACCUUCACCGAGAAGUUCCUGCUGCAGUUAGAUGAAGUGGUCACCAUCGAUGACGUCCAGGUUGCAAGGAUGGAGCCCCCUAAACAGAAAACAUCAAUCCUCAUACGGAGGAAACUUGCCAGACUUUCCCUGGAGGAAGAGAGUGAGAAGCCCUUGAUUGAACGGGGGAGCAGGAAAUGGCCCGGAAUCAAACCCACCGAAGCCACCAUCCAAAACAAGAUCCUCCUCAGGAAAACAUCAUCAAUCACCACCACCAAAACAACCCUGGGCCACCUGGCAGCCGUGGAGGCCCGAGAUGCUGUCUACCUGAAAUAUUUAGCAUUAUUUGAAGAGGAGCUGAAGAAGAUCCACGAUGACAACACGUUGCUGGUAAAGGAGGCUCAGUGCUGGAGGGACAGCUGGAAGACCUCCGUGCACACCAUCCAGGGCCUGUACUUAUGACGUCCUCGACUUACCCCAAAUAAAGGCUCAUUUUGUAUGGACUCCUUCCUUAUAUAUCUGUCUGUCUGUCCAUCCACCCAGCCGUCCGUCUAUCCAGCCAGCCAGCCUACCAACCAUCCAUCCAUCCAUCCAUC